AUGGCACUUUGUUUAGCAGCAUCCUUGGUUUGUCGUCGCGACUUUGUUCCCUACGAUCAGCUCGUCCGAUACAAGUGGUGGUUUCAGCAUGGCUAUAUGUCUUCAACUGGAAGGUGUUUUGAUAUCGGUGCGGCUACUAGUGAUUCGCUGCAUGAAUUUGAACAUCGCCAGCAAAAAUUUGCUGCCAAACAUAAAAUUCCGAUUGACCAAUUAGACUUUCUUUCCGAUGCUGGUCUCCUAACUAAGUUCAACGUUGAAUGUAGUAGCUCGGGUGUUGCCGGAAAUGGGGCUCUCAUGCGUCUGGCUCCUGUACCACUCUUCUUCUACAGAUAUCCUGCUCAUGCCGUCGAAUACUCAGGAUUUAGUGGCAUGAUUACUCAUGGAGAUAAAAAAGCCUACGAUGCAUGUCGUUAUUACGGUGCGCUGAUCGUAGCCACUCUACAAGGUGCUGAAAAAGAAGAAUUACUGGAUAACAAAUUUUACGAAAAGCAUUCUUCAUGGUUUAAUUCAGCUCCGCUGGUUUCAGAGAUCAUGAAGAUCGCCCAUGGAUCUUAUAAGCAAAAUGGUGGAUACGAUGCUGGUAUCCGAGGCAAAGGAUACAUUGUCAAUGCUCUCGAGGCUGCUUUAUGGGCCUUUUGGUCUGAAGAAACCUUUGAGGAAGGUGCUCUCGCUGCUGUCAAUUUAGGUGAUGAUACCGACACAACCGCCGCAAUUUACGGCCAAUUAGCGGGCGCUUAUUAUGGUUAUAGAGAGCUACCUGAAAAAUGGCUCAAGUAUGUAUAUGCUAAAAACUUCCUACUAGGUUUGAGUAGAUGGAUCGCCUACGAAGGAGAGAUGUGGCAGCCAAAUAAGCCGCCUCCCUCUACUAUUUCACUUUUGUCUAUGUCGUCUCAACAAAAUACUGUUGUUAUUCCAUCUGAUCAUCAAGAAUUGGAUGCUAAGAAAAGGCCAUUAACACCAAAGAUAUCAAAUUUUUCAUCACAGCAGACAUUUCCAGGAGAAACUCGACUAGCAAGACCUUCUGAUGGAACUGAACAACACACCGUUACACCAUUCAUUGCAACAUCGAGACGCGCUCCAAUGUCACAAGUAACUGAGAAAAACAAGCAAUAUGAGAUUGUUAAGAGCGAUUCUCAACCACCGUUUCGCAAAGUCAUCAGUACAACAGCAAAUUCUACAUUCGGUUCAAACUCAUUAUUCACGCGACCGUAUGUCGCAAAGAACGAUAAUCAGGGCUCGAACACGAAACCUUCGUCCAAGAAUACUAUAAAAAAAAAUACUGGUUCACAGAAAAAAACAUGA